UCCCUCUUCGUUCCCGGCUUCAAUGGCUCUCUUCUUCGAUCUCCGAAUCCCCUUCCUCGAAUCCGGCGGCUCACCGGCGCCGGACCUCAAGGCCCGGAAGGACGCCCGCCUCCGCGCCGUCGUCAUGGCCAUGGAGCUCGGCUACGCCGGCGUAGCCUACGAACGCUGCUUCCGUGGCGUCCUCUCCGAGCGCGAUCGCUGUAAGAUCCCUCCGUUUCCCCUUUCUUCCCUUCUCGCCGCCGCCCCCGCGCUCCACUCCACUGUAUCCUUCCACCGCAACCUUGUUGGCUCCCCUCUCUCGUCCCCCUUCCGCCAGUAUACCCGCCUCACUGUUCUCGUUGAUAGCCUCCCCUCUAUCGCCGCUCUCAACUCUGGGAACCCCUUGCUCCGAUCUUAUGACAUUGUUGCUGCUCGCCCUCUUAACCAGACUGCGUUCGAGCAGACUUGCCAGACCUCCGAGGUUGACUUGAUUUCUAUAGACUUCUCACAAAAACUUCCUUUCCGUUUGAAACUCCCGAUGAUUGAAGCUGCAAUCAAGCGUGGUGUUUAUUUUGAGAUCACAUACGCAGACUUGAUUCUUGAUGUUAAUAGGAGGCAAAUGCUUUCAGAAGCCAAGCUUCUAGUUGAUUGGACACGAGGGAGAAAUAUUAUUAUUUCAAGUGCUGCAGCAAAUGCAAAUGCACUCAGAGGGCCAUAUGAUAUAAUUAAUUUGUCUGUAGUUUUACUUGGUUUUUCCAUGGAAAAGGCCAAGGCAGCCAUUUCUAAGAACUGCAGGUCACUACUGGAAAAUGCCCUAAGAAAGAAACACUUCUAUAAAGAAGCUAUCCGAAUUGAAAGAAUACCAGAUGUGCAAGCAGACACUAAGAGCAGUUGGCUUGGCAACUGGAAUGACUGGGAUCCUAUUUCUAGUGGUGAAAAUGAUUUGCCACCAUUGGAUGAUAUUGCAAAAUUUUUCUCUGCUGCCAGUAAUGUCCCAAAAAGUUCUGCAAUUGAUUUCAAAUCCGCUGUGGAUGAUAUGCAACUUAGGAGUUGCUUAUCUGGUGUUAAAUUAGACACCCAUCUGACAGGCGCUGAUUCAUUGAAUUUGUCAUCUGAGAAACCUAGUUUGUCUAGUGUUGCUGAUGAAUUCCCUUGUGCUACUGACAAAAAUUAUCAGCAACCUAAUAUUGUUCAAUUUCCAUUUGUGGACAACCUGUCCAUGACCAUGGGACCUUUAGAACACCAGUGUGAGUCCGAACAUGUUUUGGCCGCAAAAAGUGACAUGGAAACUAUAAUGGUCGAUGCAGAGGAACCUGGCAUGGCUGUUGCAUCAAGGGAUGAUAUUCUUGCUACUGAAGGCAACCCAAUUUCACCAGAUACCAAUCUGUUGCAUUCCUUGCAUUUCAAGAACACCAAGCCCUCUGCUCCAUACACUGAAGUUGGUGAGAGUUCCAAUGAGCCUGAUGUCGUCUUAAUUUCAGCUGAGAAACAGAAUGAUGCCAUGGAAUUAGAGGAUGUUGUCCCUUAUCAGUCCAGUGAUAAGAUUUCACCUAAUGGUGUGGAGGAGUGUAUCAUUGUUCCUCUGGAAAAUUAUUCCGCAAGUGAACAAGUUAGAAAGAGAGUAGAAGAGCGAGAACAGAACAACAAUACCAUUGACAUUGUGCUUCAACCAGGCAAACUGGUAACAAGUGCGAUUUCAUCAGUAGGUCAGGUAAUUCCUGAAGAUGCUUUUGAUAGAAUGGAAGAACGGAGUGCAAUUUUUUCAUCAGAUCAGGUGAUUCCUGAGGAUGCUUUCAAGAAGACUGAAGAACUGAGUGCAAUUUCAUCAGUGGAUCAGGUGAUGACUGAGGACGCUUCCAAGAAGAUUGAGGAAAUGAGGGAAGAAGUUGUGUUGGCUGAAAAAGAUGCAUUAGUUAUGGAGGUUUUAGCCACAAUUGAGAAGCAGAAACAAAGCCUGCCUGCUGCCAAUUUUGAUGACAAUCAAUCUCGCAAAUUCAAAUCAGGAGGAAGACAGAAAGAAAAGAUGCUUCAUCCUGUUUACCCCUUGCCUUUCAAGACUAUGUUUAAGCCUCUACGUUCUAGAAAGAGAGUGUCACAAUUAAGACGAACUGCAAAACAUACUUGAGGAUAUGUUAUUCUAUCACCUUUUUACAAAGCGUGUGACUAUCUUCCUCCAUUUGCUCUAUUCUUUCUUUCUCACAUCCCAUUUUUCUAUUUUUUUGGCCAUUAUUCCAAUGCAUUAAUUGUUUAAAUAUAAAUCAGACCACGCCGCAAGGCAUCAGUUAAUUUUUCUGAGAUCAUUCCUUGACAGUGUCCGUGCAAAUUAUUAGACAUAGUUAUUAUUAAAUGUCAAACAAUUUACUUUGUCUAGUUGCAGAAGAUGGCCAAAUGUUUCUUUCUGAUUGUUAUCUCAUUAAUUCGUAAUUGAUCAAGAAUUCUUCAA